AUGGAAUUGUCAGCAACACUCUUAUCUCCUACCUUUUAUUUUCUUAAAGUUUGCUGUGGAAUAAAGCCUGUCAACAGAUAUUUUGUGAAGGAUGGCAUGGGGAACAAGGUUUUCAGUAUUCUUGAGGACAGCGAAUCUUGCAACAGGCAAUGCUAUGGUGUUGCACGUCAUUUCACAAUGAAUGUUACCGACCACUCAAAUCAAGAGGUCAUCAGAAUGGUGCACCCGUCUGUUUGUACCUCCUGCAGCAGCCAUGAGCUAGAGGUUCAGUCUCCACCGGGCACUACCAUUGGAUAUAUUCGACAAAACUGGCAUGUUUGCCUACCUAAAUUCACUCUUGAGAAUGAACGGGGUGAACCAGCAAUUAAGAUUGUGGGACCAUGUGUAGGUUGUACCUGCUGCACAGAUGAGAACUUCGAGCUGGUGUCUUUGAAUGAAGCAGCGAUAGACAGAUCAUUUGGCAAAAUCACCAAACCAUUCUUAUGCUGUGAAUCAAAUGCAGAUUUUGUGAUCAGGUUUCCAAGCAACAUGGAUCUCAAAAUGAAAGCUAUUGCACUGGGAGCCUGCAUACUUAUUGACUCCAUGUAUUACUAUUGGGAAGUAGUAUAGGGCUGUGCCACAUCCACCAACUUCAGCAAACA